ACGACCUUUGAUAGAACCAAUAUCAAACUAUACGGUGUUACCCGACUCGGCAACUCAGUCUGCGCAGUCGUGACCGAUUACUUUCCUCAUUUCUACUUCCAGGCACCCGAGAAUUUUGCUCCAGAGCAUUUGGAUGUAGCUCAAAGACAUUUGAAUAAUGCAGUAGCCAUAGCACUACGUCGAGCGAACUCGAAUCUGCAGAUGUCUACGACAGUUGUGGAGAAUCUUGUACGGCUGAGCAUUGUACAGGGUGAAAAUGUUUACUACUAUCGAGGUUCCGAGAAGAAAUAUCCGUUCAUCAAGGUCAGUGGUACAACUAAUGCACUGAACAAAGCCAAGCAAGAGUUGAAAAGUGGUGGUCUCAAUUAUGGAAACGGUCCAGUCCAGGUUGGCACCCUCUAUGAAGCGAACAUUGACCCUGAGGUGAAAUUCAUGGCGCAUAGUGGAGUCGUAGGCUGUGGUUGGGUAGAGAUCCCUCUUGGUAAAGGAAAAAUUCAUGAAGGGAAGGCGAAUACUUCGAGGUGA